AUGCUGUUGGGUGCCUCGGAUCAUUCCCGCGGCGCGACGCUGCCUUGGUGUGCCGCACUUGUUGACAGGGUUGCAGAGUUUAGGUGGGGCGCUGCUGUCCCACUUGAGGCUCUCGGCGCGGCGCGGGGGCCGCCUGGCGUGCCUGUGGACUGCCCGCUGCUGCGGCUAACGCUGGACGCUGCCCGGGAGAUGUGUUCGGCUGCUGCUCGCGGUACGCAGCCCUCCGGUGGUCGUCGCUGGGCUGACAGCCGUCAAGCGUGCUCCCCGCGCGACGACGCCCACAACUGCCCCUUUGAUUUUCUCUGUCCCAUUGGCGGUGGCAGUUUCGGUACGGUGCUGCUUGUGCAGAGCCGAGUGUGCCCGACGCGCUUUUUUGCCGCGAAGAGUGUGACGCGUCUGCUUCGUCCCGCCGCGUGUGCCCCGGUGGGGCCGCGGGAUGGAGACGAGGCCACGUUGGCGGCCCUGCGUCAGGCGUUUUCUGGCAAGACGUCUGAAGUUGCGUCGAGCUUCCCUGCGCUUGGCGAGUUUCUCCGCGAGGCGCGCGUGGCCGCCGCCCUUCCGCCGCAUCCUCACAUUUCACGUUGCCACGGCGUGCUGCUGUCGCCGGGCGUCACAGCGAAGGCAGGAGAGUCGGCCUCGUCUGCCCUGCACCCCGCGUCAUCACAAACCGCCGUUGGUGCCCACCUGCUGAUGGAGCUGGGUGCCGGCGGUACGCUUGGGGAUUUGUUGCUGCGGCACACGUGCCACAUUGCGGAGGAGCACCUGGUGUGCUGGCUUGGGCAGUUGCUGCGGGGUCUGGCGUGCCUGCACAAGGGGGGAGUGAUCCACCGCGACAUCAAGCCGUCGAAUAUCCUUGUGCGUCGAGCUGCCUCCGCGGCGUGGGAGAGCGACACCGAGUUGUUUUUCGUGGACUUUGGCAUCUCUGCCUUGGUCGCGGACGCAAACUGCGCGACGGAGCGGACAGUGAUGGGGUCGGGCGUGUACUGCCCGCCCGAGAUUGCGCGGUACUGGGGCUACCGCAGGCGAUGCGCUUGUUCCUGCGCCUCCGAUGUGUGGAGCACUGCGGCGCUCUUUUACGUGUUUCUCACAUGUGGUGCGGCGAGCAUGGACGACGGCAUGGCCGCUGUUUUUUCGACCAGUUCCUCUCCGGCUGCCGACGCGGCAACGACGGCGCAGUUCCGGGUGGCGCGCGGCGAGUAUCCGCCGCUGGCGGUGCUGAUGCGGGUGCCGCUGUUGGACGACGACGCCCUCCGUCUCGCCCAGGAGCGGCUCGCGGCGCGGCGUGCGGGUGCCGCUGGCGCGGGCGGCGCCGACGGGGGGCUGGGGCCAGGCGCCUACACUGAGUACACGACGGCGGCGGAGGAGGGCACAAGUGCUGGUGGGCGGAAGGGUCCCGGUGGGUGGCCUGCCUGGGCCUCUUCCCCGGGCGUCCAGCUGAUGGCGAGGCGCCUGCGGGUGCGAGAGCUCUCGCCGGAGUUUCUGGGCCUCAUCGACUCCAUGAUGGCGCCGGACCCCGCGGAGCGCCCCACGGCGGAGGCGGUGCUGCUGGACUCGCCCGUGUUUGGGAUGCGGUUGCCGUGGUGGGAGAAGGUGGUGGAGCAGGCCAUGCGGCGCGUCGUGGGAGGCGUAGAGAAUGUGCUGCUGGACGUGUGCGUCGGCGAUAGCGACGAGGAGGAGGAGGAGGACGAGGAGGAGGCGGCGCUUGUGCGGCGCACCAUGGCGCCCCUCGUUUCGCCUGCGGAGAACCACGGCUACGCCCCGCAUGGCGUUGUCCACUGGUGGGCUGUGGAUCUUACCGGCGGCGAGCCGGACCACACGAAGUGGCUGCCGCCCACCUCGCUGCUCGCGGCUCUCCUCACGACGUUGCGGGGGCUCACGGGGUUUGAGGCGACGGGCGAUGCGCCGGGCCGCGUGCGCCGCGAGGUGACGCUGUACACCGCCACCUCGCUGCGGUUUCUUGAGCGUGUGUGUGUGCCUGUCCGCGACGCCGACCUUUCCACCAGACGCGUCGAAGACGGGCCUCUUUUCGGGGAGCUCGAGGCGCGUGGCUUGGGCACGGACUUCGUCGUUCAUGUGCAGGCGAGGCUGCGCGCAGUUGCUAGGGCGGGGCAGGUGCUGAUGCGGAACGGCUGGUCCGAGGAGGAGGAUUUGGCGGACGCGGAGGAAAUGGCGCGGCGUGCCACGGAGGCGCUGGUGGCCACGACGGAGGAGUGGCUUCGCCACCGUGAGGCGGUCACCGGCGUGGCGGCUCUCCGCGUGCUGCCGUGGGUGAGCUGGCACCUCGACGGCGAAGCCGGUGGCACGGGCGGAGACGCGCCGCACUGCUUCACUGUGGAGUACGUGGCUGCCGGGCCGCGCGACGGCCAAUCACAACCGGCGGUGUGCGAAAGUAACGUCACGGGGGACGUCGCUGCGGUUUUCCGCGACUGGCGGGCCAACUUGACGGAGGCUCUGCACCGACUGUCCUGCGAGGUCCACGCCGCUGCCGCGGAUGAUGUGAGGGACGGCGAGGCGCCGCCUGUUCGGUGCGGCGGCCGCGCGUGGGAGCAGAGCUUUAGGGCGGUGCUGGGGGCUCUCGAGGCUGCAGAAUCGGAGCUGGUGGAGCGGCAGAAGCGGAACGAGGCGCAUCAUGGGCUACUGCGGGGUCACGUGGUCCCCUGGCUCAGCACGAGGCCAGCACCCUCCGUGGAGCGAUGCGUGGAGACUCUUCGCGGCGUGCGUGGCGGCGCACACGCCGCCUCACAACUGGUACAGGAGUGGAUUUUAACUGCCAUCUUCACAACCGAGGGCGCCAUGGCGCUGAUGCCGGGCCGACGCCUCAGCGGCGAAACGGAUCCUUCCCGUGAUCUUGCUUGA